AUGAAUGCCAAUCCCAGGAGACACUCGACUCGAGUCCAAAAAACAAUGUCCAGUAAAUUUAGCGAGAAUCAUUCCAUAAAAUUGACUGUUUUAUUAUACUUUGACAUUCUUAGUGUCCCAUUUUAUAAAUACGGCAGUGCUUUUGCAGUCUUGUUUGCCUUGUGGACUGUUGGUUCGGAUGCCAUUCACCACCGCAAGGAACUUGCUCGUAUUAGAAAUCGCAGUGGAUUUCUCCAAAACGAAGAUGAUGCACGUCUUAUUGCUGUCAACAAUGGCCACCCAAUUCGCCAAUUCCCUCUUUGCAGUCCUGCUCGAUGGUCCAAGAUCAAGGUCGCUAGAAAAAGAGAACUCACUCCUUACGUCACACGUCAAUACAUCAAUCAUGAUCAGAUUCAACUAUUCCUCAAUUGUCUUGUAGGGCACGUCACGCAAGACUUUAUUUGUUCAUGGUAUUCUUAUGUUAGUAUCGAGCCUGCAUUCAUCAGCAGAAUAGAACAGGCCAUGCACAAUGCAUUUGCUGAAAUUAAAAUGAGACUCGACCGCAUUGACAUAGCACAAAUCGUUGUAGUGAAAUUAUGUCCUGCUCUUGUAGUUCAUGCACUUGAAAUUCGCAAAGCUGAGCGCUUAUUGCGUGGAGAACGUAUUCAAAAAAAGGUGCCAGAAGGAAGCGAAUUAGAUCAUCAGCUUGCUAGAUACUAUUUGAAUGGAAACCUUCAUCCUGCUGUUUCAGCUUCACCAGUUCGGAAUAUGGAGCUGGAACUUGCAUAUCUUAGGUCCAAGCUUAAACACAUCAUCCCAUUGUUGUUUCAAAAAAGUGAAACGGGGAGUCGAGUUUUUACAAUACUCAUUCGAGAAAUCCUUGUGUGUCGUAUUAUUCAGCCUAUUAUGGAAAUGCUGAGUGAUCCAGACUAUUGGAACCAGACUUUUGAUUCGUUGGCGGAUGGAAUUAUUCAGCAUGAGCAAUCUCUUGGUCGUAAAAUUGGAGAUGCACUUGAUAAAGACAAUGCAAUGGAUGCAGAUGAGUUGGAUCAAAAUGUAUCCGGAUCUAUAAAACCUCCUACAUUCAAUGCUUUUAUCAAGCAAAUCAAAGCCUGUGACAAUCUGAUUGACGCAUUUAGAAUCAGGGGCAUCAUCUCCACCGAACUACAAAAACGGAGCAACGAUAUUGCCGGUUAUGAUGGCGACGAUAUUGUCCACGGAGUCAAAGUAUCUAAAGUACAAGGAUAUAUCAAUAGACUCAAUGUCGCACAACAACGCAUUGAAAAACGCAUUACUGCUCUUGGUGCCAGACAAAAAAAAGGAGUGCGGGAUAAUGACACCGAAGAUGUGGUUUUGAAUACGCCAACAUUGACGACUGUUCUCGAAGAUCGUGACAUGUUGGGGUAUUUUGCUGAAUAUAUGGAUAGCGUCAAUCGACUGCAUAUUGUACAGUGCUAUGUGCGUGGUAGCAUGUUGCUGUCUCCAUUGGGCUUUACCGAUAUAAACGCGACCGAAAUGGCGGAAAUCUUGGACAUGAGUCCACACAUAUCAGAGUCGUGGGAUAUCUACACCCUUGCAGAAGGAAUUCAACAAAUUUUUAAGCAACACUGGGCUCGAGAAGCGCCUUUUCAUAUACCAGAAAUCUCAUCAGGAACAGUAAAGGCUCUUCAAAGCGUAGUAGACUGCUUAGCAGUUGGCAACGAGGCAUUUUCACGCGAAGUGCUUGUUGUUCGCCGCGAAUUAAAGGCAUUUAUACAAGCUCUGCAAGAUAUUUAUCGUAUCAUGGAUCGUGUGGAUUUUCCUGGGUUUAUCCGCAGCAGUUUUUACUCACAGAUGAUGGUGCAUAUUGUACUGGAAGGAGGAGUCUCGAGUCAGGCAGACCUAACCCAAAAAAACUUGAAUAUAGUGCGUAAGAGCAGCGGCGAACAAGGCUUAAACGCCAGAGGAGCCUACAUAUUUAAAGAGGAUGGCGGCACUUUACUCGAUCGAACAUCUAGCGAGUCAGAGCGUGAAAUUGCCGAUAUUGAGCCUUUUAGCAACCAUGAAGCCGGUAUUUUUGAAGAUAACAGUCGAAAAAGCAAAAGUCGGCUUAUUAUGGAUGUCAUGUUUAAAGGAAAGCGCAAGCAAACAGCAAAACAAUUGCUGAAUAGCUCCAACGUCCACAUGAAUUUUGAUGACUAUUUGCCAACUGUUUCUGUACGAACUGACAAUGCGACCAAUAUCGAGGGUGAGCUACAUGCUUUAGUCAAUAGCGAUGAAAAUUCGUUUGUAUCGUUUUUACGCAAAAAAACAUCUAAAAUUCUUGGCGAUGACCGCAUUGGAGCUACCAAGGAGGAAAAUUGUACAUCUGACAUGUCACAGCACUAUACCAAAGGAGCAAAAAACGAUACAGCGGAUGGUGGGAAAACCAGCCCAUUAAAGGGAUUGAAUCAAGCAGAUUAUAAUGAUGUAUCUGCUAAAGCUCUUGAUGGUACAAGCUCAGCAGAUACUAGUUUGGAUUCAUUGAAUGCUUUGGAUUGUUCUUUAAAUACUACUUUAGCGGAACCAUCUCAAUCCGAGGUUGAGUCAAGUCGUGGUAUAUUUGCAUUUGGGCCAUUUAAAAAAAAGUCAAAGUUGUUGGAAAAGACCGAUAACACUGAACAAAAUUCGACCACUACAAAUCAUAUUACUGGCGCGUCUUUGAAUAAUAUGGAUGGAUCGUCAAAAAACCAUGCCAAAUCUGAAUUUGUUACCACCAAGAUAUCCUCGCCUGUAUCUGCAGAAAGCAGUAGAGAGGACACAUCGUCUCUUUUUUCAGCUAGUGGAAAUAUAUUUUCAUCGCCAUCUCCUCGUAAAUUGUCCAGCGACACCGCAUCGUUUUACCCACCAGUCGGACCUGCCAAUUCUUCUUCACAGUUACGUGUACAAAGUGAUGUUUAUGGAAACGAUGGUGGUGCGUUUACAAAGUCGACAGCUUCUCAGCGUCGCGUUUCAUCCCCACUUAUUUCUGUUGCUUACCUCGACGAUACUCAGCCCCAUCACAGUGAAAUGUUUUCAAGUAAAGAUGUGUUGGAAUCUGAACCAGACAUGUUGCAGAUAUUAAAGGGUGAGCGCACUGAUGAUGAGGAAAUACAAUCAUGGCUAGAGGAAACCAAUGGUGUGCAUGUUAGUAGCAUUCCUCGAUCACGAAACGAAAUUAUAUCGGCGUACUCACCUGAACAAGAUAUAUUACCACCCAUAAUUGUUCCGCCUCUAAGGGUUCAUCAAUUAAAUACUGACCUGCAACGAUUGCGUGCGGAUGCCGAAGAUAUUGAUCACCAGAAAGCAGCAAUUGAAAAGUCGCCACAAAGUUUCAAGACAGGUGACACUGCUUAUGCAACACAACUGAAGCAUCUGCAUUACAUGCGAAUUGGUAUCGAAGAAGAGAUGCGUAGAUUGGUUACAGAAAAGCGGGCUUUAGAAAUGGAUGAGCUGGAAAAUGUGAUUAUUCCAGAUGGCACUGUAAUAUCAAUCGGAGAGUCGUAUUUUUCCAACGAAGAUGGAAAAGAUUUUGUGCUUUAUCCUGUUCAAGUACAGAGAUUAAGCUCACAAGGUAUUGCGUUUGGAUGGUUUGUAGUAAGACGCUAUAGUGAGUUUUUGAGUAUGCAUCAGAUCCUCAAAUCUAAAUAUCCAGCCAUCAUCCAACUAUACGAUAUGCCGGGUAAAUUACUCAACGGACUCAUGAAACCCAGGAGACAAUCCUUUGAAACUCGGCGAGUAUCGCUUGAAAAAUAUUUACAGAACCUCGUGCGCCAUAUUGAGAUCUGUAAGAGUGUUGAAUUUCGAAAAUUCCUGUGCCAUCCAAGCAUCUCCAAAAUACUGUUUCAUCGGGAAGUCGGAGAGCAUCCUGUGAAACGGUCGUUUUUCAAAAACGUUUUCCAUACUGUAGAUGAAGGACUAGAUGCAUUUCGUCAAAAACUACGCGCACAACACAAUGCACCUACUUUUAUCAAUCACCAGCAAGGAUCGGGUGGAUUAUAUUCGGAAAGUCAGCAGCACUUAUCAGUGCCUUUUAACAGUCAAACGCUUCCCAGAUCCAGUAUAACACCACAAUUGAUUCAUCAUCAGCAAUCCAAUACAAAUAACAAUCCCAUGUCCAGCAUGAUUCAUACUUUAUUUGGUCCAUCUACUACGUCUUUUGCUACUGAUCCGUCAUCAUUGUCACUUCCACUUUCAUAUCAAGGUGAACAGGUUAAUGGAGCCUCAUUGGCAUCAGCAACCGAUGCAAUCAUUGAUGUUUUUAUCGAGAUUUUUGAGCUUAAAGAGAAAAACAACUGGCUCAGACGCCAAGCGGUUACUAUCUUUUUGCAACAACUGUUUGGCGGUACAGUUGAGCGCCGAGUGAAUGAGUCUUUGCGAUGGAUGGUGUGUGAAGACAAUUGUGCACUCAUGCUAUCUAACCUGCUGACGACUUUUUGGCCAGCAGGCGUCUGGGAUCCACAGUUUACUUUGCGUAGCACAGAAGACAAACGACAAUCUAGAUUGGAUGCACAAGGAAAACUAUCGUCACUUUUGCCAGAGUUGCUUGGCGGAAUAGUAGGCCGACACAAUGCCAAACGGGGUGCGUUGCGGUGGUGCGGGUUAUUUCAAAACCGGCGACUAAAUCAGCAUCUUUUGUAUACUCUUAUGGAUGAACUUCUUGUUAUUCUUUUCCCUGAAAUUGGCAAUUAA